GGGACCGGCCCCCUCCAUGCCCGGCUGAAGGCGGAGAGGAGGAGGAGGAGCAGCGGCGGGAUGGCGGGGCGGCCGGAGCCCAUGCCGGGCUACGCGCAGCUGGUGCGGCUGAGCUACCGGAGCCUGGUGGAGGCUGUGCGGGGCUGCGCGGACUGCGGCUGGGAGCGGGCCCGCCGGACCUGGGCCGAACAGGCAAACCUGGCCGGGCCCGAGCUGCUGCUCUUCGCGCUCGCCGUGCUGGGCUGGACCGCGCUGCGCCGGGCCGCCUCCGCCUGCCUCUUUCGGCCCCUAGCUCAGUGGUGCCAGCUGCAGCCCAAGGAUGCUGCCAAAAUGCCCGAGAGCGCUUGGAAGUUUCUCUUCUACUCGACCGCCUGGUGCUACAGCGCCUACCUGCUCUUCGGCACCGACUACCCUUUCUUCCAUGACCCGCCGUCUGUCUUCUACGACUGGAAGACAGGCAUGGCAGUGCCCAGGGACAUCGCAGUGGCCUACCUACUGCAGGGCAGUUUCUACGGGCACUCGAUCUAUGCCACGCUCUACAUGGACUCCUGGCGCAAGGACUCGGUGGUGAUGCUGGUCCACCACGUGGUCACCCUUGUUCUCAUCGUCUUCUCCUAUGCCUUCCGGUACCACAAUGUGGGCAUCCUGGUACUCUUCCUCCAUGACAUCAACGACGUCCAGCUGGAGUUCACCAAGCUCAACGUCUACUUCAAGCUCCGAGGUGGCGUCUACCACCGGCUCAAUGACCUCAUCUCUGACCUCGGCUGCCUCAGCUUUAGCUUCAGCUGGUUCUGGUUUCGCUUGUAUUGGUUUCCACUCAAAGUCCUCUAUGCCACCUGCUACUCCAGCCUGCGCUCCGUCCCCAACAUCCCCUUCUACUUCUUCUUCAACACCCUGCUGCUUGCCCUCACUCUGAUGAAUAUCUACUGGUUCCUGUACAUUGUCGUGUUCGUGGCCAAGGUGUUGACGGGGCAGGUGCAGGAGGUCAAUGACGUACGAGAGUACGACGUGGAUGAGAGCCCCCCAGCCCUGUCCCUCAGGAAAGAGGGCAGGCUCAAGACCUGGAAAGAAGAGAAACCUCUGAGGAACGGGCUGCUGAAGGAGAAGCACUUCUGAGGGGCUCUGACUCCGUUCCCCCUCCCCACCAGGUCCCCAGGCUCCGCUGGAUCCCUUCCGCCAGGACACCUGGCUGGAGCUGGGGACUGGGGGAGUCGAUACCGUCCUCAGCAUUUCCCACUCCCGGCCCCGGACUGUGCCCUCCCAGUUCUCCUCAGUCCCCACUGCCCACCCCUUCUUCCAGGCCCCCUUCCCUCCCCAGCCCCACUGGACGGGACAGCUUUUCUGGCUUCUGGGGCAGGAUUCCCCUGAGCCCCAUCUGCCUUCGGGGCUCUGAGGCCCAGAUUGGGGAUGCAAGAGGAGCCAGAGAAGACCCUGGCUUUUCCUGUGGGAAAGGGGACUGACACUUUGGCUGCCCCCACUUCCCUUCCCCCGGUAGCCAGAGCUAUGGCCAAAUCAAGAGGGCACCCCGUGGGAGGGGCCUGAGUGGGGGCGGGGGAGGGAAGCGACCUGGGAUGGGUCCCCAAAAUAACCAGCUCAGAGCAGGGGGCUGGCUCCCCUCACUCUAUGAGCCCGGCCCAGCUGAGAGGCAGAGAGAGGGGAGUGAAGAUCUUCCCACGGAUCCCGCCCACACGUGUCCCACAUUCCUGUCCCCAUCCUCACCCUUUCUGUAACAGAGCUGGGGACAAACCCAAGAACCUCUAUCACCACCGACCCCCCCAACUCCUCCCCAACACCACACAAACACAGCUGGACCAGAGUGGGUGGGGAAGGAGCCUGGGAUUGAAGACCAUCUCCAGACUGGGGCAAACAGACCUUCGUUGCCGCCUUCUCGUGACACUGGGUAGCAGCCCCGUCCCCUCCCCCUGCUGCCCCAGCAGAGCGGGCCCCGCCAUGGAGAGAGCAUCAGCUGAAGCCCUGACCCAGGGAGCUGCUGGGUGUGCCCAGCCUCAUCACCUGGCACUGUGGUAACCUUGGUGGCGGGUACGGGCUGAGGGGGAGGAAGUGGAGACAAAUCCUCAAAUACAAUUGCCCCCAGAUUCUCAGACAAAUAGGCUGGGCCGGCAGACUGAGAUAGCCUGGGACACUGUCCUCUGCCACCAUCUAAAGCUGAAUAUAAACUGGGUUCCUGGAAGGCUGGGGUCUGGGACCGAGCGAAAGAGUCCCCGCUCCACCCUAAUACUAGGUGGCUUCCUGGGGAGGGGGCGAGAAACGGGCUUUUGGGAAGCAGGGGAAGGCCCCCCCCCCCCCCCCCGGGGUUAGAAGGAGAGAGGCCUGCUGGCCUCAGAGUCGGGGUCCCUGCCGCAGCCCCAGGCCCGUGGACCCCCAAGGCACCGGCUAAGCCCCGGCUGACUGGUAACCGGCCCCCAUGGGCCCUGUGUCUCCCUUUCCCCCCAGGUGGCUCGGUUCAGUUCGAGGAGCCGGCCCUGGCCUCCCUGUGCGUGGAGAAGCCCCUCUUCUUCAAUCUGUCGACCCUGGCCCCCCAGGAGCAGCCGACCCUGGUCCGGCUGGAGCUGGCCGGCGCCCGGGGACCCCCAGGGCCAGGCUGGGAGUUCAGCCUGUCCCUAGCCCUGGAGUCCCAGCUGUGGGGCCGGCAGGCCCACUGGCACCACCGCCAGCUCCUCCUGAAGCAGCCCCUGCCCCCGGGCCAGGACACC